AUGUCGAACACGGACCAAUUUGAAAUGUCCCGGAUGGGUGUCAAGUCUACGCAAUUCAGUGUAGGCGAGCCACCCCGGGGCCACACUCGCUCGGGUUCGAAUGGCGGGUACAACGGGGGAGUGACAACGUCGAUGUCGAGUGGGAAACGAUUAGAUAGAGGAUUCGGAUCGCUGUCAGUCCUUUGUCUAUCAAUCACCCUUCUCUCAUCGUGGGAGGCCGUUGCCAAUGGAUUCGAAGCCGGUCUCAUCAACGGUGGCCCAGCCGGCCUGGUCUGGGGUAUGGUCUUAUCGCUUGUCGGCACUACCCUCAUCAUGCUUUCGAUGGCCGAGAUGAGCUCCAUGACUCCCCUGGCCGGAGCGCAGUAUCACUGGACUGCGGCUCUGGCACCACCACGCAUCCAGGCAUUUAGCACCUGGAUUCAAGGAUGGAUUACCGUAUUUGGCUGGCAGGCUUCCACCACCAGUAUCUGCUACUUGAUCGCCAGCCAGAUUCAAGCCAUGGUGCUCUUGAACAACCCCAGCUAUGCACCCAAGCAGUGGCAAGGAACUCUGAUCAUGUGGGCCGUCAUUCUCGGCGCCGGUCUGGUCAACAUCUAUGGCAUCAAGAUGCUACCCGCAUUGCAGAUGAUGGGUGGCAUCCUGCACAUCACCCUCUUUAUCGCCUUGGUUGUCCCCAUCAUUCUGCUCAGUCGCCGAAGUACUCCCGAAUUCGUCUUCACUGAGCUUCUCACGGCAGAGCACGGGUGGCAGUCCCCCGGCGUUGCGUGGUGCUUGGGUAUGCUUACAGUGACCUAUUGUUUCCUCGGGUUUGACGGCGCAAUUCACAUGAGUGAAGAGGUGCGCAAUCCCGCCACCGUCAUGCCUCGAGUCUUGUGUCAAACCAUCGCGAUCAGCGGUGUCCUCGCUUUUACCUUUCUGAUCGUCAUUCUUUUCUGUAUCGGCAGCGUCCAAAAUGCGCUGAACCCGCAAUACAUAUUUCCUAUUAUCGCAAUCUUCCGAGAGACCACCAAUUCCUCCAAAGCCGCUACGGCUAUGCAGACGGCCAUUACCGGAAUUGGCCUCAUUUCCAACGUUGGUGUUGUGGCCUCGGUCUCCCGCCUCACCUGGGCAUUUGCCCGUGAUGGUGGACUCCCAUUCUCUCAAUACUUUGCUCAUGUCAGUUUCCACAUUGAUGUUGCCCAUCUAUUCUGCGAUACCUUUUUCAAAGAUACUGACCAGUACUCUUCCCAGGUCGAUCGCCGCCACCGCGUCCCCACGCGAGCCAUCCUCCUAGUCUGCGGCGCUGUUGUCAUCCUCUCCGUCAUCAACGUCGCUUCCGAAACCGCCUUGAGCGCCAUCCUUGCCCUCUCCACCAGCAGUCUCUACGUUUCCUAUCUCAUUCCCAUCGCCAUGAUGAUUAUCCGCCGCUUCGACACCAGUCGUGGGCCCAUACCCUUCGGACCCUGGAAACUCGGUCGCUAUGGCCUCCCCAUCAACAUUAUUUCGCUCAUUUACGGCAUCUUUGUCUGCAUCUUCGUUCCUUUCCCUACCCAGAUUCCGGUCACGGCGGCGAACAUGAAUUGGUCCGGUCCGGUGUUCUUGGGCGUGGUGCUUUUGCUUUUGGUGGAUUGGACUUUUCGUGCGAGGCAUAAGUUUGUGGGUCCGUCCAAGGAUCUUCUGUUUUCGAAAAGUAAGGCCGCGUCUUAG